AUGUACGAGGAAAUUAUCUAUGGACCGGAAGAUGCAAUCCCUCUGGCCUCUAAUAACCAUGAAACCAUUGUAAUAGAAGUCAUCACCUGUAACUACAAAGUGAAGAAGGGAUACAUCGACAAUGGCAGCGCCAUCGAUGUGCUAUACUACAAGACCUUCAAGGAGCUGCAGUUGGAGGACAGGCAGCUCAUCCCAGUCCGAACUCCCUUGAUCGGCUUUGCUGGCCCUCCGGUGAGGCCAGAGGGAAUGAUAACCCUUAUGGUUACGGUGGGGGUGUCCCAAAAAUGCCAAACUGUGCCAGUGAAUUUCGCGGUGGUAAGAGAGCCCUCAUCGUACAAUAUGAUUUCGGGACGAUCCACCUUGAACGCCUUCCGGGCUGUCUGCUCCACCUUGCACCUCAUCAUGAAGUUCCCUACUCCUGCGGGGGUAGUCGAAGUGCUGGGGGAUCCGAAGGUGGUUAGGGAAUGUUAUAUUGCAACUCUCAAGAGCAAGGAGAAAUUGGUAGUUCAAACAGCUUGUUUGGAGCCUUGGGAACCCAUGGAGAAAGGAGAGAGACUAGAAACGGAUGAGGGGUUGGCCGAGCUACCCGUCCGCCCAGACCGGCCUAAGCGCACACACGGGAUCCCCACCGAACUGGUGGUUCACAGGCUGCAGGUGGAUCCUAACGCCCGACCUGUGAAGCAGAAAAAGAGGAAUUUUGUGCCCGAACGGAAGGAGGUCGUCAAAAGUGAGGUAGGCAAGUUGUUAGAGGCCAAGAUCGUAAAGGAGGUCUACUACCCGACCCGGCUAGCUAACCCGGUGCUGGUCAAGAAGGAGGAAAGUUUUGAGUUUACUUAA